AAGGCGUUAUUGACCGAUGAAAACAUUGUGAUGCGUUGCGCCACACACACUGCCACAUUGAGUGUGUCUUUCUCCUCGCAAACUUACCAUCCCGCGUUAGCGCAGCGGAGUAAACCACAGCUGCACAAUAUCUCUCACCAGAUUAGAAGAGGAAAACAAUGCAAUAACUCCAGGUGCGCCGUGUUUACUUUGACAUUUACCCAGAUCAACGCUAUAUCAUCUGUGUGGAGCGGGACGGGACAGGUGCACGGGAAGCAGCGGUUCAUUAAAGAAGACGAGAGCACACAUCCGCUUCAUUUUAAAGUUGAAAAACACCAUAAACACCGGGACGCGGCGACAAUAGUCUUCUCCGCUGGAUUUCUGGCGUGUUUCCCCGCGCGUAAAAACGCACGAGCAUCUGCAAAUUCCAAGAGUGAAUUCAUUACAACAUCACAAGCCGCGGGCGCGCGCGAACGUUCACCGCAAACACAAACGGCAAGAGCGUUUUCUACAGAAGUGCACUGAUAUUUUCCAUCUUUCUAUGUGACAACUCGUGAUUGCAUGCAUCACCAGAUGGCUCAAUUGAUUUAGAUGAUCACUGGCACCCGAUCUAGCGUGGGAAUCAUAAGGAGAGGACGAUGUUGGUGAAGGAGUACCGAAUAUGUAUGCCACUAACUGUGGAAGAGUACAGGAUUGGCCAGCUGUACAUGAUCAGCAAGCACAGCCACGAGCAGAGCGAGAGAGGAGAGGGAGUGGAGGUGGUGCAGAACGAACCCUACGAGGACCCCACCUACGGCGCCGGACAAUUCACUGAGAAACGCAUUUAUCUCAACAACAAGCUGCCCAGCUGGGCCAGAGCAGUGGUGCCCAAAAUCUUCUAUGUGACGGAGAAAGCUUGGAAUUACUAUCCCUACACCAUCACCGAGUAUACAUGCUCUUUCCUGCCAAAGUUCUCCAUCCACGUUGAGACAAAGUAUGAAGACAACAAAGGCGUCAAUGACAAUAUCUUUGAUGCGGAGCUCAGAGAGGAAGAAACGGAGGUGUGUUUUAUUGACAUCGCCUACGACGAGAUACCAGAGCGCUACUACAAGGAGUCCGAGGACCCAAGACACUUUAAAUCCGAGAAGACAGCCCGGGGUUCGCUGCAGGAGGGAUGGAGAGACUCGCAGGACCCCGUCAUGUGCUCCUAUAAGCUAGUGACCGUGAAGUUCGAGGUGUGGGGACUUCAGACACGUGUGGAACAGUUUGUGCACAAGGUGGUGAGGGAUGUGCUGUUGCUGGGCCAUAGACAGGCUUUCGCCUGGGUUGACGAGUGGAUUGACAUGACAAUGGAGGAAGUGAGAGAAUAUGAGCGAGCCACCCAGGAGGCGACCAAUAAGAAGCUGGGCACCUUUCCCCCAGCUAUCUCCAUCAGCCAGACGCCCCUGCCAGCCUGUGCUCGCAGCGGGCCGUCCAGCGCUCCCUCUACACCCCUCUCUACUGAAGCCCCAGACUUCCUAUCUGUGCCCAAGGACAGACCAAGGAAGAAGUCCGCCCCGGAGACCCUGACUCUUCCCGACCCAGCACGAAGAGACUCUGCCUUCCGCCUUCCCAGUCUCUUUUCCUGGGGUUCCAGUCACCCGCAACCUCAGUAAACCACAGUUCUGGCCUUAGCUUAUGAAAACACACCCCAGUAAUGUGUUUGUUUGACACACACAACGUGAAUCAAUCUCUCUUUAAACACUUAAGGUUUCCCAAACACACACACACACACAUAUGCACAGAGUGGCUUUUUAACCAGUGCAACCUCAUAUUUUACACUGGGAGUUAAUUUACAAUAGGCCAAAAAGUGCAUUCUGAUUUACAAAAACUACAGAUCACUGUUAAAAUAUCUCAGGAGUUGUCCCAUUGAUAGACAGAGCUGAAUCUUGUACUUUUUUUUCUUCUUCAGUUUCCUUCCUGCUGAGCCAUUUUCUUUCCCUACAUAUGCUGAAUAUGGAGAGGAUUUGUAGCCACUGUUGUUUUUGCUGUAGUGGUGUAUUUAAUGGUAUAUUCUGCUCGGUUCAUAUUUCAGUUGUGAUCUUACGUUAACGUGACUUUUUAUCCUCAGGCUUCAGAAUUUCUCACUCAAAUUAAUAUGUGUUUGACAUGUACUGUAAAUAUCUCAUUUAUAAGAAUGUAGGGGUCAAUUUGAUAGUGGUUUCACUAUGCUCUUGUCUUUAACUUUGAUCUGUCCCAUUCCCAUGGACUCAGAAAAACCCUUUGAUGCCAACUUUACUGACCUAGCCCUUUCGCCUGGUCCGUUGUUUAACAAUACGAACUGGAACUCGUCUGUACAUACUGUAGUUUAUCUUCAUAAUAUAUUUGUUAGAUUGAGGAGCAUCUGCCAUGUAACUGAGUAUCCUGUUCUACAUUAUACUGUAUGCUAUUGGUUUGGAUUUCUGUGAUGCAUUAUCCAUGAAUAUGAAUGAAAACGAAGAAUGCUUGAUAACUAGUUUGUUGUAUAAUCUUUGAGCUCUAAGGAAUGUUUGCUGCUGCUGGCCAAUGUAUACUUUGUAAAUUGGAAAGCUCUUGUACUCUUGCUGGUUCCCGCAUAUCUGUUCUUUUAAACUUAAAACACUCUUUUCUAAAGGAUUCAGAAAUGCAUUUGCCAAAUCUUGGGAAAUCAUGCUUUUGAUGUCAACUGCCAAUGUGAAAUUAAAGCAUUUGCUACAGUA